AUGAACUUAACGCGAAAGAAAGGGAACUUUGCACAACCAUUAACAGACUAAUAGCAUUAUCAAGUUUAAUUUAAUCAAUAGCCAUACUAGCUGCUUUCGAGAGAGGAAAUGUAACAACCAUUUCAGUAAUUUUAAUAGUUUUCUCAAGGAUAGCAGUAGCUCAAAUCGACAACUUAAAAUUACUAAUUAGUAAAUAAAAAUUUCAAUGCAUCAUAGUAGUAGUUUUAGUAGAAUAAUUUGGUCAACUCAAAUAAUGGGACCAACCGUCCAGAGUAUUUUAGCACCUAGUAACCUUCAACAAGAAAUUCUAGUUAGACUCAUAGGUAGUUGAUUUCUUAAGCACCUAUGAAGGUAAACACACCAAAGUCUCAGCCAAUUAUUCUUAAUAAUUAGCAUACUAUUCUGUAACAUCAAAAAUCAGGCAGCAGUAAAAAUAUUAAAACGCAAACAAAUUUACCAUCUAGUAAUGGAGUGGCUAUUUAAAGCAGUCCUUUCCAAGCUAAUUAAGGUUUAAAAAUGCGUCCUCAUACUGCAACAACUCAUAUAUCUAUUAAAAAUACUUAGCAAGAUCCUGAAACGUAUUCUAAUUAUCAGUAUAUAGAUCAGAUGUAGUUUUAAUAAUAGCAACAGCAAAAAUAAGGAGAUCAAUAAUAUGAUUAGAAUGUUUAUUAGGAAUUCCAUUAGAGAUAACCUUCAUAGUAAGGAAAUACUUUUACUCCCACUAAAUACACGAGCUAUUAAUCUCUUCAUAAUUAAAAUCUCUAAGGAAAUUUAAAUACAGAAGGGUCUGACAUUUCUACUUAUUAAAUGACUCAAUAUUAAUAAAAUCAGCAACCUUUUCAAAGUACAAUAGCAUAAACCUAAGAUAUUUUUAAACCAACUUCAGGAGCUAAUUCAUCUAAACCACAAAUAACUUAACAAUAAGUUAGCACUUAAAGUUUUUCUAUUUCAAAUAAUCCUAUUCCUCCAUUACAAAAUGUAACUAAAAUUCUGAAACUAUUAGAUUUUUUAAUGUAGAAAAAUCAAUUUGAAGAAGCAUUAAAGAUUUUUUGGGAAUACUUAAAAAACGCAAUAGUAAUUAACUAACUGGUAAGUGGUUUUUCUGAGGUAUUCUAAGAACGUAAUAAGUUAUUUGUUUACGCAUCACGCUUUUAUAGUUACUUGUCUUAAGGUCAAACUAAUACUUACUCCACAUAAGGCGGUUUUACCAUGCAAAAUUUUCCUACUCCUUAGUUUUCACCCAGCUAGUCUACUCAUUAAUUUAACUUAGGAACAAACGCUUCAACUUUUUAUCAAGGAAACUUAAAUUUUAUGGAGACUAACUCUUUUCAUAAGAAUUAUUACAGCUCAAACGGAUUUGAGAAUACUUAUGGCAAUCAAAAAUCUAGCAAGAAUUAAUAUGAUGUCACAUAAAUGAUGGAAGCAUUUCAAGUUUGCAUGGAAAAGAUUAUUGAAGAAAAUGAAAAUUAUAAGCAAUAAUAUGCAUUUAAGUAUCCUCAAACAAACUAAAUUGUUUUUACUUAGAAAGUUACAUAUCUAAAUAACUUAGCUGUUUUUAAUAUGAAGAAAGAUAAUUAUGCACUUUCAUUUGAUCAAUUUAAUUUGAUUGAAAAAUAUUCACGACUCAGUAGUUCAAAUUCAUAGAAAAAUGAGUAAAUCAAGAAUCUUAUUAUCUAACCAAGUAUUCUCAAUAAUGUAGCUCUAGCUUGUAUUCUACUUGAAGAUUGGAACCAAGCUGAAGUUUUACUGCAAAAAAGCAUUGGUUUACAAGAAGUCAAGGUCUUUCCUAACAUGAAAAAUAUAGAAAUGAGAUAUCUUUAAGAAGACUAACAAUUUUUAUCUGAUGUCUCUGUGUUAGUAUUUGGAUAUGUAUAUGCUGAAUUAGUUAAAAGAGCCAAACAAUAAUUAAAACUACCUUUAAUUACUCCUGCAGAUACUUUUUUUAUUAAAAAUGCAAUGUCUAUCACAAGAAAAUACUUUGGAAUAGAGCACGCAUUCAAUCGUAAAAUUCAAGCUAUUUCUAAAAUUUUAGAUUCAAGUAUUUUGUGCUCUUCUCAAAACUAGCAGCAUUAGUAAAUUACUCCUUAUUCGUUGCAGCAAGCAGAUGACGCAGAUUUAUUUGACUCGUAAACAUUGGGAUAGUCUAAUAUGGGAAUAAAUAAUAUGACAACAACAAGUAAUAAUAACUUAUUUGGAGUCAACCCAUCUGCAAAUUAGCAGCUGCUUCCAUGCGUUUUUUUGAUCCUAAAAGAAUGUGAAUACGAAUUAAACUACAAUCAAAUUUUAGAAUAUAGGAGAUACAUUAAAUUCAGAAGAUCUUAUUUUGACAAAGAGCUAAGUCUCUGGAAAUAAUCAAUUUUGGAUUUUAAUUCACAAAAUAAUUAUUAUCUAGGUAUGAAUUAAUCUUCUACUCGAAUAACCACAGAAGCUUCUUCAUAGCAAUUAGCAGCCAAGAAGAUUUUCUAAGCUAACUCUUAGACUAACUAGUUUUCAUAAAUAGACCUGCAGAAUGCUAAAAGAGAUGAUAAAAAUUAAAAUAUUUUUGAAAAGCGUCCUUAAAGCAACUCUUCUCUUCAAAAUAAUAUUUCCCAAAAUGGAACAAAUAUGUACUUUAUUUCUGGCCAUCAUCUGUAGCAACAACAAGGCAGAUAAUCAUCAAGAAAAAAGACAACAGGUCAAUCUUAAAAUAAUCACUAAUAGAACUAGAGUGCUAUGACCAACUCAAGUUAAUCGCAUUUAUAGCAUAGAUAAUAUUACCACUCAAAUUAGUAAGGAGACAAAUAGCAAUACAGAUAAAAUAACGAUGGUUCAAAGAAAAGUUUAAGUAGACCAGCAUCAUCUAUAAAAAAGCAUAAUAGAAUAACUACUAGCGAAUCUCUUUAGGAUCCUAUUGAUUAAUUUGGAGAAUAUUAUGAAUCUGAAGAUCAAGAAUAGGUGGACGAAGAAAUAGAGGAAGAUUUUGGAGGUCCCACUCAAAGAAAGCUAUAAAGAAACGAGGAAAACUCUAAAAAUAAAUAAAUUAAAGAAGACACUCAAAGCAAAAAUAACUAAAAUGGUCAAAAUAAUCAAUAGGACAAUCUCUCUAAAAAGAUUAAUUCUAAGCGUGUUCAAUCAGAGUACUUGCUAAAAAAAGAACAUGAGAAAGAUGGAGCAAAGGAAGGUCAAAAUAAUGAUGUAAAAGUUCCUUCAGACAAAUUAUCGAGUUUAGAUGAUAAUAUUAAGAAUAUGAUAAUAGAAGUUAUCAAUUAGAAUGAAUAAAUUAAAAAAGAAAAGUAGAGUAGUGCAGUUGAAAUAACUCAGUUGAAGUAGCUCAUCAAUAGUUUAAUUGAAUAGUAAAAAUAAAACACAUCCUAAUUGCAGCAAUAGCAGUAAUAACUUAUAGAAAAUUAAAUGAAGCAAUUGUAAAAGUUAGAAAAAGAGAGGACAGACUCAGAAAUUAGCAAUAAGAAUUAAAAUAAUUCUGAUAAUAACAGUGGAAAUGGCAAUAACAACAAAAAGGGAAAUGGAAACGUAAAUGAUAGUAAAAAACUGCAAGAUGCUUACGAAAGCUAACCAAAAUCGCCCUUUUAUAGCAAUCAAUCGCCUAUAUAGCCUCAACUCCCUAUACUGCAGCUUCUUAAUAUUCUAAACGACUGUCCUUUUGAGUCCUUUAGUCUUUCAAAGUAAGUGUUUCCAGAUGGAGUAAACCCAUACACUAUUACUUGUAAUCUUUUUAAAUCAGGCUAGUUAGAAAUCAAAGCAGAAAAUAAAAAUAAUCAAGUUGUUGCAACUGAAUAAAUUUUCAAAGAUUAACUAAAAUAACUUCUCUAAAGUUUGAAUUACUCCCCAAUACUUCCUAUCAAUUUAUCAUUGAACAUGUGCCAAAAUAUUUAUUUAUUUAAUAAAUGCUUUAUAUUGCCCUUCACUUCUUUCGACCCAGAACAAAAUGAAAUUAAAUUCCUGUCUAACGCACCAGGAUUGCUGAGCCAAAUUCAUGAAAAAACAUUUUUAGGAGAGAAAAUGGUAACAUUUUUCCAUCACAUCGAAGGAAAUAUUUUCCGUAUCGUAUUGACUCGCAUAUCUAAAGGUGAUUGCAUAAAAAUUGAUUUAGAUUUAGAUUCUGGUAGCUAAAAAAAAUGGAUGGAAUGGAUAAAUGAAAAUGAAUUCCCAAAGGAAGAAAUAACACAGAUCUUAGGAUUUACAAAGGAGUCUUAGAAUUAGAGACAUGAGCUUAUUAAGGAAAUGUAGUAACGUAACCUAUACAUGGAAGCUGUUAAAAAGCAUGAACCGAAAACUAAUUCUGAUACUAAAUUAAAAUCCUAUAAAAUAAUAAAUUAAGCUUUAUUAGUGAAAGAACUAGAUGAAAUAAUAGAUUAAAUCUAAGAGCUAUUUAUAACCCAUUAAAUUAAUGACAUGAAUACUUUACUAUCAUCUCCUUAUUUCCUCAGAGUUAGAAUUUGGUCGCUAGCUUUAAAACGUUAAAUUCAUCUAUGCAUAGAUAAUCCUAACUUUAUUCCUCAGCUGAAGCCCGCAGCAGGUCAAGUUUACAAAGCCUCUGAUUUUGGAGAAAUAAAAAUAAUUCUUAAAAAUAUUUACAUUACCUUCGGACCUGGAGGUGAAAAAUUAAAAGCACAGGGCGUUUCAAGUUAUUCAUACUAUCAAGUAUAAGCUAUGUACAAUGUAAGAUACUAAAAUCUCCAUUUAUCAGAAAAGGUAUGCAUUCUUAGUCAUCUACCUGAAUACUUUACAUUAAACGUGCAUGAAAAAAUGGAUGAAUCACUUAUGAAUGCGAAGAGCACAAGAUAAUCUGAGAACCCUAUUGUUAAAAACCUUCAUCUCUCUGGUGCAUAUACUCGUCUUUUGUACAAAUAUUCCCCUGCCAACACUCAAAAAUAAGAAUACAUGUAUCCAAUCACUCUAGAAGCAAUCGGAGCCAAUAAUAAAUUCUUUGGUAUAAGAGUAUCCAUCUACAACUUAAGUACUGGCAAAGAAAACGGCUUUUUCCUCUCUGCAGAAGAUAACUUUUGGUUCUUUGAAAAUAAAAUUUUAAUAAAAAAUUCUCAUCACAUGUAUUUAGAGGGUCUCCCCUUGAGCUAAUUUUUAAUUUCUCAUAUUUUUGAAGAAGUAGUUGCCCCAUUGAUCCUAAAACAUGUGACCAUCUAUGAGGAUCCUAACAGCAAGCAAAACGAGUUAUACCUAAAACUGAACAAGGGUUUGAUAACACAAAACUCAACCUCCAUAUACAGAAUAGAGAAUAUAAUAAAUGUAAACGAAAUAAUUAAAAAUGCAGAAUACAUUUAUUCAAAAAAUCCUUAGUGA